UCAAGAAUGGCAAGCCACCAAAGGCUCGGCAUCUCGGCAAAUUUCAACCGUCAUAGUUCUGACCUCAUAAUAAAAAAUGGUCCCGAGGCAAAAGCAACUGUUGUGACUCUGAUCGACUUGCUCAUGUCGACGUUUCGUCUCCCCGAUUCACGAUCGAGUUGGCUUUUGCAAGACACGUGACUCAUCGUGCAUCGAGCAUUCUGGUCGACCGCCAGAAUCCGAUGAAGCAGCGAUUCAAUCCAUCACAAUGAGACGGUGCCACUGCCACUCUCUUUGCACUUUCGUUGAUUGAGUGGCUGUAGCGAGGGAGAGAGGGAGCGACGAACGACAGUCGGCUUCGUCUAGUCUUCCACAGACCCCGCCCUUCAUGUACAGCGUCGCGCUCUACGAAAGCGACUUUGCCUGAUUGGGGAGAACAGCGAGCAUCGAAUGAAUGGGCAAAGCGAGCCUAUGAUGGAGCGAGCAAGUCGACAUGACUCACCUUGAGUGCCAAAGAAUCGACAACGUUGCUCACAUGUUUGAGCGUCUCCAACGUUGCUUCGUACGUUUUCUGCGCGCAACGUCAUUGCGCGUGCUGUGUCAGCUUGCACUUCGAGCGUCGUCGCUCUGCAGCCCUCUACUCACAUCAGGAGCGGGAUCA